UUUUGGAAGUUGGUUUGUUAGAUUGCUAUGUUGGCUGCAGUAUGUGAAGGCCAUUUGACUUGUGUAAGCUGUGCUUCUUUCAACCUAGACCUGUCGAUGGACUUCGUUAUGAUCCACGGGUUUAUCCUUCAGUUGAUAAAAAGCAGCUCAAAUUACUGUGUCUCAAAAAGAUGGGCAUAUAUUAAAAACGAUAGUCUCUUCAUCUUCCCAAAUCACAUUAACCGUAAGAGCUGCCUAAAAAUCCUCCUUAGUCACUCUGAUGUUGCUGUAUCAUAUCAGGAUGAUACACCAUGGAUAACGAUCACAGAACACAACGGAGCUACGUAUCAUUUAAGACCAGAAACAGAGAAAACUUUUCAAAACUGGCUGACUUCAGUUUACAAAGCAUCUCAAAAGUAUUUUUAGCAUCUUAUUAUUCGCAAAACUUAAGUUUUAAAUCACAGACGGUCGGAAAUAAUGUGGAACGCCGUUUUUUUCCUGCUGAUCAACCUUUGUCCACUGUAAUUGAACAGAAAACCCCUACCUCCAAAGGAUUAAAUGAAGAAAGGAGAUUGGAUCAUCUAACUCCUGAUUAUUCUAAUAUUGAGCAAUCUGUUAACAAUCAAUUCAAUGUCAAGCCAUCACGGAAUUCAGUAUUUCAACCAAUUAACAAUAAUCAUUUGAACAGAAAUUUACCAAUGAUUCAUUCAAAAGAGGAAAAUGUAAAAUACUCUAAUGGAAAUAUACUUAGAAAUAAAACUUCACCAAUGAAGUAUGUACCUAGUGAAGAUAAACCACCGCCUAGACCACCAAGAAAUCCACAUGUAUUACACACUGUGAAAGAACAUGUAAAUAUGCGUGAUGAUGAGAUAGUGGAAACGAAAGUAUUGGCAAAUGUGAAACAUCGAUAUCCUGUUACUGGUUUAGCUAAACGAAUGAGUAUUGCUGCAUCGGAUCUUUUAGGCAAAUCGCGUGAUGAUCUUAUUUUAUUGCUUCUGCAAUUGAAUCGUGAAAAAGCUAAUUUAAAAAGAUGGUAUGAAUAUUUCACUUAUCAAAUUGAUCAAAUUCGAUUAGUCAAAGGCAAUACCAACGAAUCAAAAUCCGAUAUAGCUGUAAUUCAAUCUGAAUUGAAUGAUGUCAUUAGUCAAUUGAAAUUAUCCGAUCCUUUAAUAAAAUUUCUUGAUAAUAUGAUUCGUAUGGGUGAUGUUUACGGUGGUGAUGAUGUAUUAUUCGCAAGUGAAUAUCGAAGAGUAAGUAAAUUCAAUUUUUUAAUUAAAUAA